AUGGUGGCGGAAACGAAACUUUACGACGCGCUGAGCGUCAAGCCUGAUGCUACUCAGGAUGAAAUCAAGAAGGCCUACCGCAAGGCCGCCCUGAAGCAUCACCCCGAUAAGAACAAGGAUAAUCCUCAAGCAGCAGAGAAAUUCAAAGAUGUCUCUCAAGCAUACGAAGUCCUAUCUGACCCUGAAAAGCGCAAGGUCUACGACCAAUUUGGUCUAGAAUAUCUUCUACGUGGAGGACCUGCACCUUCACCUGGAGGAGGUGGCGGUGGAGGCGGCCCCGGCGGCAUGCCUGAAGGAUUCAGCUUCGGCGGUAUGCCCGGCGGAGCCCGCUCGUUCCACUUCUCUACCGGGCCCGGAGGCACCAGUGGGUUCCAAUUUAGCAAUGCCGAUGAUAUCUUCCGCGAGUUCGCCAAAGGCGGCGGCGGUGGUAUGGGUGGCAUGGGCGGCAUGGGAAUGGAUGAUGACCUUUUUUCCAUGCUGAAUGGCGGCUUCUCUCGCGGCCGCCCAAGCUCUGGCCGAGGGCCUACCUUCCAACAGAAGGCCCGUCGAGCUCCUACGCCCGAACCGACCGUCGUUGAGAAAGAUCUGAAUUUGACUCUGGAAGAGAUCUAUAAGGGCACCACCAAGAAGGUUAAGACAAAGAGCAAGGCGUUCGAUCCCUCUGGAAAGCGCACAGUCGACGAGGUCACACUGGAGGCUACCAUCAAGCCUGGUCUCCGUGCUGGAUCUAAGAUCAAGUAUAAGAAUGUCGGUGACCAAGAAGAGGGUGGACGCCAAGACGUGCAUUUGAUCGUCAAAGAGCUAGAACAUCCCGACUUCAAGCGGGUCGGUGAUAACCUGGUUACCACUGUUGACCUUACCCUCAAAGAGGCUCUUACUGGCUGGGAACGCAUUGUACGCACAAUCGACGGCAAAUCCAUUCGUGUUGCGAAACCUGGCCCUACGCAACCAGGUCAUGAAGAGCGCUUCCCUGGCCUGGGCAUGGUGAUAUCCAAGAAGCCCAGUGAGCGCGGAGAUCUUGUGGUUCGUGUCAACGUGAAGUUCCCAACAUCCUUGACGGCGGACCAGAAGUCGCUGCUGAAAGACAUUUUGCCUUGA